UCCGGUGAAGCGAGCAUCAGCGCCUUGAGUCGGGAAGGUUGGGGAGGGCACUGGGGAAAGAGGACGGCCUCCCCCUUCGGGCUCCCACUUGGUAGCACCUUCCUGAUCCCCUAAUCUGUAAGGCGCUCAGGGAAAUGCCCCCCUGCGGGAGCCUUCUCGGAAAUGCUGCCCUGGCCGCCCGGGAACCAUGAGCCCUGCAGCCCCGAUCCCGCCUGACUCCGUCCUGGAAAGUCCUUUUGAAGAAAUGGCCCUGGUGAGGGGCGGCUGGCUGUGGAGACAGAGCUCCAUCCUCCGCCGCUGGAAGCGGAACUGGUUUGCUCUGUGGCUGGACGGGACCCUGGGCUACUACCACGAUGAGACAGCACAGGACGAAGAGGACCGCGUGCUCAUCCACUUCAAUGUCCGCGAUAUAAAGAUCGGCCAAGAGUGCCAUGAUGUGCAGCCCCCUGAGGGCCGGAGCCGGGAUGGGCUGUUGACCGUGAACCUGCGGGAAGGCUCCCGCCUGCAUCUAUGCGCAGAGACCCGGGAUGAUGCCCUAGCAUGGAAGACGGCACUGCUGGAGGCGAACUCAACCCCGGCCCCAGCUGGAGCCACCGUCCCUCCCAGGAGCCGCCGGGUUUGCCCCAAGGUCAGGUGUGUGACCUGCUCGUGGAGCCCCUGUCAGGUUGAGAGGCGGAUCUGGGUGCGCGUCUACAGCCCGUACCAGGACUACUACGAGGUGGUGCCCCCCAACGCGCACGAGGCCACGUAUGUCCGCAGCUACUACGGACCGCCCUACGCAGGUAAGUCCCAGCCUGCCCCGCGGCGGGCUUCGGGCGUGUGCCAGGCCCCGCCCAAGGGCCAGCCGGCAGGACCAGGCCUCCCGUUUUAG